CCUCAUUGACCUGGAAGCUAGGGCAGUAGCUCGUCGUCCGCUCCACUUGCCGCGCGAUGGCGCGGCUAUGGCCAGCGCUGGUUCUGGCAUUGCUGGUGCUAAGAGGCGUCCCGUGCAGCUUCACGUCCGCAAAGCCGCGGACGCAGACGCGGCCGCGGCGGCAUCCGCGCGCUCGUCCUCGGGGGGCGAGUUUGGAAGCGGGAUGGCAAGACUUCCAAGAGAAGUGGGGAAACCCGAAGCUGCGAGGGACGGUCGCCAAAGUUGCGAUCUCACCGAGCUAUUGGUUAGCCACGGCCUCGGUGCUUUUCUCCGGUCUGCUAGUCCUUCACCCUGUGCCGCCCGUUCUUCACAGCUGCGAAUGGCUCCGGCGACUCGCAGGUGGCAAGGUCACCGCCGCCCUUUUGGUGGGGCUUUGUGCCGUCUUGGGUGGUCUCUUUGGUCGCAAGACCCCCUUGGGCCGGGCCAUGACGGGCCCCGUGUGCGCUAUGUCACUGGGCGUCCUGGUCGCCAGCCAAUCUCCGGCACCUGCAGCCGUGCUACGACGACUGCAGUUCUUCUCGGUGACCUUGGCGACUCCUUUGCUGCUCCUCUCCUGCAACUUGAAGGAGCUCUGUGGCCCCGCCACGCGUCGCUUGCUGGGCGCCUUCGCUGUGGGAGCCGUGAGCACGGCGUCCGCCGCGUUGCUGGCUGCCCUGGUGCUACGUCAUCCCUUGAGCGCAGCCCUGGGGGGCUGGGAGACGGCCAGUAAAGCCAUUGCAGCGUUGACCAGCAAGAACAUCGGCAGCGGCAUCAACUUCGUGGCCGUGGCGCAGGCCCUGCAGAUGAAGCCGUUGAUCAUCGCCGCCAGCCUGGCGGUGGACAGCGCCCUGGGGGUGAUCUACUUCCCGGUGGCUGCCAGCCACCCGCGGCAAGAGGGACGCCUUGGGCGGGUGUCUUGUGAAGGCUUAACUCCGAAGAACUCUGAGAGCCGCGGACGCGGAGCAACGCUGGAGGAGCAGGGGCGCGGUCCGGAGCACUUCUCGCUCACCGAGAGCCUGACGACCUUCUUGGUGGCAUUGGCGAUCGCUUUCCUGGCUCACCAGUUUUCCCCAGCAGGCUAUGCGUGCAUCACCUCCAGCCUCCUGGCAGUGCUCCUGGGCACCUUCCCCGCCGCCAAACGGUGGCCCGCCGGGGAGGCCUUGGGCUGGCCCUUGCUGUAUUUGUACUUUGCUGCCGCAGGCUUCACGGUGGGAGCCGUGCCUGGCAGCACCUUGCGGCGCUUCUCGCCUCUGAUAGACUUUGGGAUCAUGCUCUAUGCCAUUCACCUGCUCCUGAUCCUCCUCCUCGGCCGCCUCGCCAAGCUCACGCGCGCGGAGCUCCUGGUCGCCAGCAGCGCCAACAUCGGUGGCCCCGCUACGGCGAGCUCAUUGGCCAGUAGCAAGCAGUGGCCGCAGCUCCAGCGGCCGGCGCUCUUGGUGGGGACCUUUGGGAACGCCGUGGCCGGUGGCUUGGGCCUGGCCAUCUUCCAUUUGCUCCGCCGGCUGCCACACUGAGAGAGCGGCCAGUGGUGGGUGGUCAUUGGGUGAAUGCCCAGUGGCACAGUCCCUG